AUGUUACAGCUUAUAAUGGCGACCUCUGGAGAAGGCAGCCACCCCAGUGGCACAGCGACACCCAGGCCACUGGCACAGCUGCAGGAGCUUGAACCGCGGGUAGCCCGCAGACGCCUGUCCCAGGCCCGCCAUAGGGCCACCCUGGCAGGGCUCUUCACCAACCUAAGGAAGACUGUUUACUCCCAGUCUGAGCUCACAGCCUCGAAGGCAACAGGGCUCUCCGGUGUGAAGGACAGCGGAGUAGACAGCCAGGGGGCCAGCUGCUCGCUCGUCUCCACCCCGGAGGAGAUCCUUUUUGAAGACGCCUUUGAUGUGGCAAGCUUCCUGGACAAAAGUGAGGCUCCCAGUACCUCCAGCCCUAGCAACCCAGAAAACCCAGAGGGGAAGUUUCAGCUCUAUAUGCAGAUCAUUGACUUUUUUAAAGGCCUUUKCUGCAUUAACACUCAGUUAAAACAGGAACCAGACCUUCCCACUGACGAUGAGAUGAUAAUGUUGAGGUGCCUAGAGACCUUUGAUGAUGAAGAUUUGUAA